UUCUCGCUUUCGUUUCGUGUGGAUGGUGACGGUGCAACGUGACGAAAAAUAGUUUUACUUUUUGGACGCGUAGAAUUUCUUAUUUAAUAGUGAGCAGCUUCAACUAUUUGUUUUCGGUGAGUCCGCCGACGCCCUGGGGAAGGAGAAGUCGACUAAGCCGCCACCGCGGCCAGGCGAUGGACACGGGUCCUCGCAGAUCGUGGUUCGGAUGAACUACGGUUCGAAAAAGAUCCGCAAACAACAGAAGGAAGUCCCGGUGAAACCUCCACUUGUUGACAAAGAGACGGGUCGCCGUCGCAGGAAUUCGAUCGGCGGUAUGCCGUCAUCUGUUGAACAGCUCAAUGUCCAGCUACCGCUGACCCAGCAGCAGGGUAAAACCGGUGCGGUAAUGAUGUCGAAUCAGUUUGCGCUGCUUUCCGACGACGAAGAGGAAGAUGUCAUCAAUGGCGGUGCUAAUGAUGCUACUGCUGCAGCACAGUGGUCCAAAAAGUGUGGUGAUGCUGUCAAUAAUAGUGUGAAUUGUUCCGUUCCUUCUUUCACCAAAAUAAGGUGUCCGCCGAUUUUCGUGUACGGUUCUAGUGUUUCCGCACUCAACCAAAUGAUUUCCAUGACGUCGGUGACGAAAAAUGAUUACGGUUUGCGGGUGGGAAAAGCCACAUUCAGAUUAGUGUGAAAACAAAACCUCACUUUUCUGACAUCGUGAGCACACUGAAGGCAUCAAGACUCCAGUUCUAUACGCACGGAACCAGUGAUGAAAUUCCGAUGAAAAUAGUUCUUUCCGGGCUGCCGGUGUUUCCGGUGGAAGAAGUGAUACAAGAGAUGGCGACAGUGAAUGUUCAUCCGAUUAGUGUUCGCCAGCUGUCUACGUCUAAGCACGGUGAUUACGCGCUAUACCUGCUGCAGUUCUCAAAUGGAGCAGCCAAACUGCAAGAUCUCCAAAAAAUCAAUGCCCUGUUCAACGUCAUUGUCAGGUGGAGGUAUUAUUCGAA